AUGCGUCUCACUAUGCGAUCCCCUUUGGCUCUCACGAGUCUUCUUCUUGCCAGUUCGGUCACAGCUAAGCCUUUAGAUGUCAUUAUGAAGCGAGAUUUGACACUAGUUGGCUGUUACAGCAGUGAUGAGGGCCUCACCAACAAGACAAGCUAUGAAUAUCAAAGUUCUGGAUGGUGUUAUAAUCACUGUCUUGAUAAUUACAACUCUGCGGUAUUCGGAAUGAACGCCGGCUCCAACUGCUUUUGCGGUGACGAACUACCUCCAAAGUCAUCAUUAGUGGAUUCUUCAAAGUGUGAUACUGCGUGUCAAGGUUGGCCGACAGACAUGUGUGGUGGUGGUACAAGUUACUGGUCGAUUUACACAACAGGCACGGAGUCGGAUGUGCCUGUCUAUGCCGCAUCAACAACAACCGCCGCUGGAGCCAGUACUGCCACCGGCACCAAGGCUGAUGGCACCGAUGCCGCUUCUAAGACUGAUAGUGCAGCCGUCGUUGCAGAGACAACUACCGACGCUAAUGGUGACACCGUCGUCGUGACGGCCACUGCUAGCAGCAGUAGUUCUGGCAAAACCACCUCUGCAACUAGCAAAGAGUCCCAAGAGGAGCUGAAUAAGAGCAAGCGCGCUACCGCUACAAUCGCGGCUGGUGUUGUGCUCGGUGUUGUCGGUGUGGCCGCCAUCGCUGGUGCCGCAUUCUUAUUCUUUCGAUCCCGUAAAUCAAAGACCCGUGGAUUCCGCGACGUUCCCGACUACAAUCGCAAUUCUCAGAUGCCAGAGAUGUCCUCUCGCUUUGAUGGUGACUUCAUGGCCCAGCGUCGUCAGAGCAAUGGUAGCAUUGAGGAUGACAAAGACUUCUCCCGUCGGAUCUUACAGGUUCGUACCUACUAG